AUGGCUGAAAAUACAGCGGGCGAACCAACUGUCCCGGAGAAAGCUAAUGAAGAGCAGGAGGAGGCACCUCCUUCACCUACAUUUGAACCUGUUAUCAAAUUAAACGAAGUUGAUGUUAAGACUCUCGAAGAAGACGAAGAUGUUUUAUUUAAAAUCUAUUCACUUGCUUUUAACCCCCUGUUAGGGCGGAUUGGUAAUGAGUUGCAACUUCCAAACACCUUCACAUUGCGCGCCAAGCUAUUUCGAUUCGAUAAACCUCUGAAGGAAUGGAAAGAACGCGGUACUGGCGAUGUACGUUUCCUCCAACAUAAGGAAACAAAGAAGAUUCGUUUAGUGAUGCGAUGGGAUAGAACCCACAAAGUUUGUGCGAAUCAUUACAUUACCGCGGACAUGAAACUUUCUCCCAAUGUUGGAUCAGAUCGCUCAUGGGUAUGGAACGUUGCCGCGGAUAUUUCUGAUGGUGAACCUAAAGCAGAGACCCUAGCUAUCAGAUUUGCAAAUAGUGAAAAUGCAAAAAAGUUCGAGGAAAAGUUUUAUGAAGUACAGAAGAUGAAUAUCGAGCUUUCGAAGACAACAGAUGGUGAAAAUUCAGAAGAAACAAAAGAGGAAAAAAAUGAGGAACAAAAACAGGACGAAUAA